AGUACGGGUGCCGCGCGGGAACUGGGAGGACCUGACCCAUCUUUGGUACAAGCCGGAGCCCUCAGCGAGGCAGGUGCUGUGCCCGCCCCCUGGCGGUGGGAGGUCGAGCGGAUCCCAGCGAGAGAGAAACGAAACCCUGGCGGUACGCGUGCGUAGUACUGGCGGCGGCGGGAGCGAGCGGACGUUGGGACGCGCUGGUUUGCGCGUGCGCGGCUCGGCGCGGCCAGGACCGGGCUCACCAUGAGCUCCCGGAAAGUGCUCGCUCUGCAGGCGCGCAAGAAGCGGAGCCGCGCCAAGAAGGAGAAGGUGCCGAAAAAGCCCGAGCCUCAACAUAGAUCUCACCCCAUUAUAACAGAAUCUGAAGCACAAGAGCCAGAGGAUGAAAUUUUGGGAUCUGAUGAUGAAGAACAAGAAGACCCAAGUGACUACUGCAAAGGUGGAUAUCAUCAUGUCAAGAUUGGCGAUCUUUUUAAUGGUCGAUACCACGUGAUUCGAAAGUUGGGAUGGGGCCACUUUUCUACAGUGUGGCUAUGUUGGGAUAUUCAGGGUAAAAGAUUUGUUGCCAUGAAAGUUGUUAAAAGUGCUGAACAUUAUACAGAAACUGCUCUGGAUGAAAUCAAACUACUGAAAGCAGUUCGUAACAGUGACCCAAGUGACCCGAACAAAGAGAAAGUGGUUCAGUUGUUGGAUGACUUCAAAACUUCAGGAGUGAAUGGAUCACAUGUUUGCAUGGUGUUUGAAGUAUUGGGACAUCACCUAUUAAAGUGGAUCAUCAAAUCAAACUACCAGGGACUUCCGAUCAAUUGUGUUAAAAGCAUAGUUCGGCAAGUCCUCCAGGGACUCGAUUAUCUACAUUCCAAGUGCAAGAUCAUCCACACCGAUAUAAAGCCAGAGAACAUCCUCUUGUGUGUGAACGAGACUUAUGUCCGCCGCCUGGCUGCAGAGGCAACAGAAUGGCAAAAAGCUGGUGCCCCUCCACCGUCUGGAUCUGCAGUGAGUACUGCACCACAGCCUAAACCUAUUGGAAAAAUGUCCAGAAACAAAAAAAAGAAGCUUAAGAAGAAACAGAAGCGGCAAGCAGAGCUACUGGAGAAAAGAUUGCAAGAAAUUGAAGAGUUGGAACGGGUUGCUGUAAACGUAGAUAAAGAACAGCAACUGGACGAUGAUGAAGAUGAUGCAGUGCAGGAAAAUGAUCCUGAUCAACAUGUUCUUGAGCAGCUGGAGAAAACAGUGGAUAACACAGCUUGUGAAGAGCAAGAUGGAGAUGAGCCGGCAGAAAAAAUAAAAGAACUGUUAGAAGAUGUAAAUACUGAAAAAACGAGGAUUGAAUCGAUUAAUUGUAAUGGACAUGUAGACGUUGGACCACUUUCAGAUCAAGUUAGUAAUGGAGCAGAGGAAAAUAAAGAAGAUAUUAAUCAAAAUACAGAUGAAUGUAAACUGAAAGAACCUUGCAAAGAUGGCGACUUCUUCCCUUGUCCUUAUGACAUGUUGAAUGGACUGCUGCAAAACGGACGAAAAGAAAACAACCAGAAUAAUUACUCGGAAACCUGUAAACCUUUAUUAGCUGGAAUGUUUGAAUCUGUAACCUGUAAUUUGAACCCAGAAGAUGGAAAUCCAUUGAAUGAGAAUGAGACCAAGCAAAAUAGAAGUAGGGAAGGCUCCAUAGCCAGCUCUGGAGACAAUGCAAAAUCUGAUGCUGCUAGCCUGCUUACAAAUCCCCUCGACCCUAUGAAUGCAGAAGGCAUCCAAGUUAAGAUUGCCGACCUUGGAAAUGCUUGCUGGGUUCAUAAACAUUUUACAGAAGACAUCCAAACUAGACAAUAUCGCUCAUUGGAAGUUCUAAUUGGUGCUGGAUACGGAACACCUGCAGACAUUUGGAGCACUGCUUGCAUGGCAUUUGAACUUGCAACUGGAGAUUAUUUGUUUGAGCCCCAUUCUGGCGAAGAUUAUUCCAGAGACGAAGAUCACAUUGCUUUGAUAAUUGAACUACUGGGGAAAAUGCCUCGAAAGCUUAUUCUUGCCGGGAAAUACUCCAAGGAAUUUUUCACCAAAAAAGGUGAGCUGAGGCAUAUCACAAAACUGAAACCUUGGGGACUGUUUGAAGUGCUGGUGGAAAAGUACGAAUGGCCGCAGGAGGAAGCUUCUACAUUUACAGAAUUCCUGUUGCCGAUGCUGGAACUGAUACCGGAGAAGAGGGCUACAGCAGCAGAAUGCACCAGACACCCUUGGCUCAACUCAUAGCAACCAAAUUAAAUGCUACCAUUUUAUUUUCUGCCCUUAACUCAGUAGAGCACCUGGUUUAAUGUCUUAAACAGGUACAAAUACAUGCUCCUUCAAUCUUUAGGCAGAUUUUACACAUUCAAUUGAAAAAAUUACACGUACUGGAAAGGGGGUGUUGCAGGGGUUUGGAUUGGUUUGGAAUAUGGAAAUUUGCAUAGUCAUAGCUGCCAUUUGUUAGUUGCUAAUGGAAGAUCAUUUAGUCCACAUUCAACAAUUGUGCUGUUCACAUUUAUGGUAAGUGCGAGUAUAAAUUUAAAGUCAUUAUUUUUUAAAUUUUGCCAAGGGAUUAUAAAAUCUGGAAGGUUUGGCCAUGUGGGAGAAGAGACCAGAUGAGAUCUUAUACUCGUACCAAAGAGUUAGCUAGCUAUGUUUUGCCCGAUUAGUCUAUUGCCCAUUUGAAUUGGAGUAAAGUAUCUAGUAAAUUAAUUGCUUUUUGCUUUGGAAUGACUUCUGGCCAGUCUGCAUGCUUUCACGUUAGCCUGCUUAACAUCUAGGCUGUGUAUUUGGUGUUUUGACCACAUUUUCUAUAGGUAGGUUGAUAGCUGAAUAACUCAAAUAAUCCAUUGUUUAAGAUGUGUUCGUUUUCCAGCUUAUCAACUGCCAUUCCUGGAACAGCACUUUAGAAAAAAGCAUUCUGUCCCUUCCAAAGUACUUCUCAGUACUUGAAAUCUCUGGAGUUAUGUCAUUUGAAGAACUAAGAUACAGUAGGAAACUGUUCCUUUUCAUUUGUCCCCUUUUGUGUUUGUAUUUACUGCAGCUCUUACAAAUGUUAACUUUGUAUUUAAAUAUUCCUGUUUUCUAAUGAAGGUUCCCCAUUUUGUGUUUUGUACCUCUUCUGUCCAGAAAAUGUUUUUAAAAUUGCUUCAUUGAAUAAUCCAGGAAAGAUACUCGAUCAUUAAUUGGUCAUGUUCUGCUACAUAGGAGUGCGGCUUGUUUGCCUAAACAGACUAUAUUUCGAAAAAAUAAAGGAACUUUUUGCAUAUGAUAUGUUAAUAUUGUACGUGACAAAGUUGAGUUGGAAAAGUUUAUUUUCAUUUGAAGGGAAUUCUUGACCGUUGCCAGACACUGUCAAACACUACCAGCGAAAUCUUUUUUUUGGAAACAUUGAAAGCAUUUGGGCCAUAAUGCAAGAUUACAGUGUAUGGUUUUAGCUUGUGUUGUUUUUUGAGUCUACAGAAGAGGUGCUGAUGUUUCCAGUUGAAAGCUAUACCGUGGGGUAUCCCAAUUCAUCACAUUUGACCAAAGCAGCUGACUAUACUGAGACAGGCUCUUAAUUGCUCUUGGUAAUAUUUGGCCAGAUUGUUUGUGUUUCGUGUGUCCUAAACUAACACUGAAUUAUACAAUAAAUGCUACCGUUCAAUGCCAUAUGUAGCCAGAUUACUGGGCAGUGUUGCGUAUGGUUUUGGUACCAUUGAAUUGAGUCAAAGAAUGGUAUCGCAAGUCAGUUGUAUCAAAUCAUUCUGUUUGGAAUGGCCCAACUAUUUGUUUUACAUAUUAUUCUUUAUGGCUACUACUGUCCCUGUAUUUGUUAAGUGCAGUGAUCUAAUUCGUACCCUUUUCUUGAAAAUGCACUUGAUGUAAAGCACCAGAAUGAUCAAAUUAAAUUAAAAGAUGUGCAGCAGUGGCAUUCAGUAGCCUUCAAGGGAAUUUCUUGCUUACGAAAGGAUAACCCACUUGUGCAAAUUUUGAAAUAAAGCAGAUUAGAUGCAUCCAA